AUGGCGCGGCGGACACCGAGGGACCUCGACUAUCUAAGCACGUCGGAGCUAGCGAGUGAGAUGCAAUUAUCACGACUGUUGUGUUUCUAUAACGAGACACUAAAUAAGUGUCGGGACUCGUUGCAUCUGACAGUACCCUCCAGAGAUCUAUCAUCAUUAGUUAAAAGCCGUUUGAUGGUUUGUUCUCGUGGCGGUGGUGAUGAUGAUGGUGGUAGUAGUGUUGGAAGUGGCGAUAGUGAUGAUGCUGGUGGUAGUGGUGUUGGUGGUGAUGGUGUUGGAAGUGGCGAUAGUGAUAAUGAUGGUGGUAGUGGUGUUGGAAGUGGCGAUAGUGAUAAUGAUGGUGGUAGUGGUGAUGGAAGUGGCGGCGGUGAUGAUGAUGGUGGUAGUGGUGUUGGAAGUGGCGAUAGUGAUGAUGAUGGUGGUAGUGGUGUUGGAAGUGGCGAUAGUGAUGAUGAUGGCGGUAGUGGUGUUGGAAGUGGCGAUAGUGAUGAUGAUGGUGGUAGUGGUGUUGGAAGUGGCAAUAGUGAUGAUGAUGGUGGUAGUGGUGUUGGAAGUGGCGAUAGUGAUGAUGAUGGUGGUAAUGGUGUUGGAAGUGGCGAUAGUGAUGAUGAUGGUGGUAGUGGUGUUGGAAGUGGCGAUAGUGAUGAUGAUGGUGGUAGUGGUGUUGGUGGUGAUGGUGUUGGAAGUGGCGAUAGUGAUAAUGAUGGUGGUAAUGGUGAUGGAAGUGGCGAUAGUGAUGAUGAUGGUGGUAGUGGUGUUGGUGGUGAUGGUGUUGGAAGUGGCGAUAGUGAUAAUGAUGGUGGUAAUGGUGUUGGAAGUGGCGAUAGUGAUGAUGAUGGUGGUAGUGGUGUUGGAAGUGGCGAUAGUGAUGAUGAUGGUGGUAGUGGUGUUGGAAGUGGCGAUAGUGAUGAUGAUGGUGGUAGUGGUGUUGGAAGUGGCGAUAGUGAUGAUGAUGGUGGUAGUGGUGUUGGUGGUGAUGGUGUUGGAAGUGGCGAUAGUGAUAAUGAUGGUGGUGAUGGUGAUGGAAGUGGCGGCGGUGAUGAUGAUGGUGGUAGUGAUGUUGGAAGUGGCGAUAGUGAUGAUGAUGGUGGUAGUGGUGUUGGAAGUGGCGAUAGUGAUAAUGAUGGUGGUGAUGGUGAUGGAAGUGGCGGCGGUGAUGAUGAUGGUGGUAGUGGUGUUGGAAGUGGCGAUAGUGAUGAUGAUGGUGGUAGUGGUGUUGGAAGUGGCGAUAGUGAUGAUGAUGGUGGUAGUGGUGUUGGUGGUGAUGGUGUUGGAAGUGGCGAUAGUGAUAAUGAUGGUGGUGAUGGUGAUGGAAGUGGCGGCGGUGAUGAUGAUGGUGGUAGUGGUGUUGGAAGUGGCGAUAGUGAUAAUGAUGGUGGUGAUGGUGAUGGAAGUGGCGGCGGUGAUGAUGAUGGUGGUAGUGGUGUUGGAAGUGGCGAUAGUGAUGAUGAUGGUGGUAGUGGUGUUGGAAGUGGCGAUAGUGAUGAUGAUGGUUGUAGUGGUGUUGGAAGUGGCGAUAGUGAUGCUGAUAGUGGUAGUGGUGUUGGAAGUGGCGAUAGUGAUGAUGAUGGUGGUAGUGGUGUUGGAAGUGGCGAUAGUGAUGAUGAUGGUGGUAGUGGUGUUGGAAGUGGCGAUAGUGAUGAUGAUGGUUGUAGUGAUGUUGGAAGUGGCGAUAGUGAUAAUGAUGGUGGUAGUGGUGUUGGAAGUGGCGAUAGUGAUAAUGAUGGUGGUGAUGGUGAUGGAAGUGGCGGCGGUGAUGAUGAUGGUGGUAGUGGUGUUGGAAGUGGCGAUAGUGAUGAUGAUGGUGAUAAUACGGAAGGUAUUUUCCCGAUCGUUCUGAUAGCUUCUCCACUUAUCAUCAGCACUGCCGACUACAUUCUUUGUAUUUACCCGACGCCGCAUGGUCAGGUCAGAAAUCAUCUAAAGGAAGAAUUAACAGCUUCCAUGAACACUGCGCAGUACUGGGGUGAGUUCAGCCAGCCGUUUGUCGCUAACGCUCGCUAA